CCUCCCGGUUCGACAGGCGGCGCGGGCUGCGGUAAAAUGUCGGUUCCAGGACCCUACCAGGCAGCUGCGGGGCCUUCCUCAGCGCCAACUGCGCCCCCAUCCUAUGAAGAGACGGUGGCUGUUAACAAUUACUACCCCACGCCUCCAGCACCCAUGCCUGGGCCGACCACGGGGCUCAUGACCGGCCCGGAUGGGAAGGGCAUGAAUCCUCCUUCAUAUUAUACCCAGCCAGUGCCUGUCCCCAAUGCCAAUGCAAUUGCCGUGCAGACCGUCUACCUGCAACAGCCUGUCUCCUUUUUUGACCACCCUGUUCAGAUGUGUUGUCCUUCCUGCAACAAGAUGAUCGUGACUCAGCUGUCCUACAAUGCUGGUGCCCUGACCUGGCUGUCCUGUGGGAGCCUGUGCCUGCUGGGGUGCAUUGCAGGCUGCUGCUUCAUCCCCUUCUGCGUGGACGCCCUGCAGGAUGUGGACCACUACUGUCCCAACUGCAAAGCUCUCCUGGGCACCUACAAGCGUUUGUAGGACUCAGCCGGACGUGAAGGGUGCCGGGUGCUAUAGGAAGUCCCUUCCGACUCUCAUCCAGCCCCACCCCUGGUGGAGGUUCUGCUCUCGUGGUCUCAGCUUUCCAGGGGACCUACCUUCAUGUCUUCCUUUGGGGGGAAAAUGUCACAAAACUAACAAACCUCCAAACCCCAGACAUUGCUGCUUGGAGUUGUGCACAGGACAUGUAAAGACAUUCCCCCUGAGUGCUGGCUCAAGGGGCUCCUGCCUACCCGUGGCCCCGAGUCAUGCCAUCUAACUGUGAUUAUUGCCCUUCUGAAUACCCUCCUGUGAUUCACCAAUGGUUGGCUUCUUUACCUGCCUCAUUUGGCCUUUCUGCUGGUCUCAAACUGAGAAGCCACAGGUUGCCUUGUUUUUAAGGCUGUUCUGCCCUGAAUGCGGCUGAACCAGCCUUCAGUGCCUACUGUCUUAUCCACCUAUUCCCACCCCUGAUGACAAAAAUCUUGCCUUAUAGAUUUUAUGGGCUUGGCUUUUAAAUUCUGUAAUUGCAGACUUCAUUAGCACAUGUACUCACUUUAAUUUAAAAAAAAUUUUUAAGGACAAGGAGAGGCUAUGAACACCAGUAGACACAUGGCCACCAGGCCACCAGGGCAUGCAGGGCUUUGCCAUCGCUCUGCCUUCCCUGUGUCUUUGUGCCAGAUCCUCAGCACCGCCUCCCUCCAUAGGGUUGUUGUUUUAACAAUUUUUUUAAUGUCCUUUAGGUCUUAAACACCUUUGGCCAUAAUUAUGAAAGGCGGGCCUUGUGAAACCAUUCUCUGUAACCAUGCGAUGCUGUGGUCUUCCCAUUUGCCAGUGCACUCUCACUUUGUUGCUGUUAAAAGAUAAAAGAAAUGGAUAAUUUCAUUUACUGCCUUUCCUUGGGGUUAGUGUGGUUCUUCAAAACCUCCGUCAUGGAACUGAAAACGCAGUGGAGUUUGGGUUCCCAGUGGCAGGUUUAGGAAGUUGAGGGAAGGCGCACUUGAGCGCCUGUGAGUCCCAUGGUGCUGGAACACUUGGAAACCGGAACUGUUUCAAAGGAAUUUAGAGUCUGAUCUUAUUUUUUGGAGACACAGUUUGUUGUAUGACAUGGGAAGACAUGAUUUCUAGGACUCGAGCAGCAGGCCCCAAAGUUCUAGGCUGGCUGCUGUGUCUUCUUUGAAAUCAAGACAAAGCUGGGCUUGACUUUCAAGCCUCCUGGUUUUGAUAUAAAUUGGCACGGGAGGACUCAUGUGAAUACUGUUAUGUAGGAAUAAAACUUAGACCUUGAACGAAAAUCUGUAUAUUGGUUGAAAAUGAUAGUCAUAACCAUUGAUUUAUGUUAUUCACUUGACGUUUUGAAAAUUCCAGUAAUUAUUUUUUUUGCAAUGAAUAUGGACACCACACAGUACUUUGGUGUUUAUGUGUUUUUUAAAAAUAAAGUCUUUGGUUCACUCAGUGAACUAUUUAUCAAUUCUUCUGGUGUGAAGAAAGGUCUCAUGUUGUGUUUCCAGCCGUUGCUACAAAGGACCUUUAUUUGCUCCAUAACGGCAGAAAAUCCUUCCUGAUAAAAACUUCAGACUUGCUGAAUAUCCUUCAAUGUCAAGAAGACCGAGGCUGAGUUGGGUAGAUUGCUAACAAGUCAGAUUUGAACAUUAGGCUAUUGGAACCCAAUAGGCGUCAUCGGUGGCAGCAAGCCAUAGCUUUCAAGUUUUAAUAAAAUGCACAGAAGAAA